CGCACUCUCAAAAGGUUGCGCGACAUAAACGUACCCUACGUCUUUAUCGUGACGUGCCGUUCGAGUAGGAAGAGUGUUUUUCAUUUCUUGAAAUUAAAAUAAUUGCGAGAAUGGUGACUGACGUGCAACUGGCAAUCUUCGCCAACAUGCUGGGAGUCUCCUUGUUUCUCCUGGUCGUGCUCUACCACUAUGUAUCGAUCAACAAUCCAAAGAAACUGGUGUGAAAGGUUGCAGUUAAGGACCAUUUUUUACUAGCUGAUUGAUGCAAGACAAAACUGAGAUUGCCACAAUGGACACGAAGUUGCUAAUAUUUCUGUACAUAAGUGUAUGUUCUUUAUGGAGGAAAUGUUAAUAAAAUGUACCUGAAUUCGUAAAAAA